AUGAUGAGCUCCAAGAAACUAGCUCAACUUUCCAAGAAGUGGCAGGGAAUCGGUACAAUCGGCCGAAGAUGGGCCACGGCAACUGACAAGGGUGUCCACCCAUCCUGCAGCUCAGUUGCAGGCAAGGGCCACUUCGUUGUCUACUCCUCCGAUGGGAGGCGUUUCGAGAUCCCCCUAGCGUGCCUCCACACGACAGUCUUCGAAGAGCUUCUGAGGAUGUCUCAGGAAGAGUUUGGGUUCACAAGUGAUGGGAGGAUCAUACUGCCUUGUGAUACAGCAAUGAUGGAGUAUGUGCUAUGUUUGCUUAGGAGAGAGGCCUCCGAAGAUGUUGAGAGAGCACUCCUCAAUUCCAUCACAAUGACUUGCCGCCACCCAAGCAGAAUGGUGCAAGCACCCACUGAACUUAACCAGCAAUUUUCUAUGUGGAGCACCUGA